GAGCAGUCUGGCUGUUGGGGUAGCUGAAGGGUAACAAAGGAAGGAGCUUUUCUUACCCAUCAUGGGUGACCCAAAGCUCUCUCUCCUGCUGCUCUUGAUCACCUAUGCCUUUGCACAACAAGAUAAUGAGAGUACUGAUGAACAAAGUCCAACCUGUUUACUUUCAACAAGAUUUAAGAACUUGAAGAAAUAUGUAUACCGAUACGAAGCAGAAAGUCAAAAUGGAGUGACUGGCACAGCAAACCUCAGGAAUGGACCAAGAAUCACAUGCAUGGUAGAGCUGGAAGUCCCAAGGACAUGUAACUUCAUCAUGCGAACCACAGACUGCACCCUGAGUGAGGUGAAGCUCAUUGAUCCUCAGGGAAGGCUGGUGUACAGUCAGAGUCCCAGUGCCGCUGCCUUCAAGUCUGCUAUGGAGAAAAACAUCCUGAUGUUCCAAAUUGAGCAUGGAACAAAGGUCACUCUAUUCCCAAAGAGUGAAGAGCCCACCAAUAUUUUGAAUAUCAAGAGAGGAAUCAUUUCAGCCCUCAUGGCCCCAGCAGACAACGAGCAGCAGAAUGAGGACAUGCAAACCUUGCAUGGUCAAUGCAGAAGUGUGGUGACUGCCAAUUCAGCCACAGAUGUGACUGUCACCAGAGACCUUAGUGAAUGUGACCGCUUCCACCCCAAACAAGACUAUACAAGCCCACUAGCUCUUAUCUCUGGAAUGCAUAUACCCCUCUCAAAUCUGAUCAGCAGUAGCCAGACGUGCAAUUACCAAUUUGAUCCUAAAAGAAAACAUGUGACUGGAGCUACCUGUAUUGAGAAAUACAUCUUUUUACCAUUCUCUCACAAAAAUGAACAUGGAAUCUCAUCACAUGUGAAGCAAACGUUGACUCUGAAAGAUUCAACCAAGAUCAACAACAGAAUCUUUGAGCCUUCUGAAAGUAAUGCCUUUCCUCGAAGUCUUUUCAUGGAGCACUCUGAUGACAAAUCCCCUGUUCAGAGCAAGGACGCUGUCCUCACUAUCCUCAGAGACCUGAGCAACCUUCCCAAGACACAGCAACGCCAGCAGAGAGCUAGUCUCUUCCAGAAGCUUGUCACUGAGCUGAGAGCUUUAAAAAAUGAGACCCUGGGUGCAAUGGUGAAGGAAAUGGGAGAGAUAUCAAGCAUGAUCACAAUGCAAGCCCUGCCUCAAUGUGGAACCCCAGAGUGCACCAGUGCCAUGCUCCAGGUUUUGAGGACAUCCGAUUCCUCAGGUAUCGCAGUGGACGCAGCCGUUUAUGCCCUGGGGCUGCUCUCUUCUCCCUGCAGCAAGCGUGUCCGAGAAAUGCUCAGCAUGGCUCAGCACAGGCAGAGCAGGGCCACGCUCUAUGGUCUCAGCAGCAGUGUCAAAAAGUUUUAUCAGAAUGAAGGCAAAGUAACACCUGAAGUGACAGAAGUGGCGGAAUUCAUGGCUUUCAUGCUUGGCAGUGAUUGCUCAGGCGAUGAGGACCAAACCUACCUGACUUUGCGGGCAAUUGGGAACAUGGGAGGUGCAAUGGAAGCAGCAAGCCCUAAACUGAAAUCCACUAUUCUCAAGUGUGUUAAACAUAAGUCAACCACACCUGCUGUUCAGCAGGCAGCUAUCCAGGCUUUCAGGCAAAUGACCAUUACUGAUGAGGUGCGCAGCAUUCUUCUUCAGACCCUGCAGGAUAUGAGUGGGUCUGUUCAGAAGCGAGUGGCUGCCUACCUGAUGCUCAUGAGAAACCCUUCUCCCUCCGACCUCAACAAACUGACCCGUAUACUGGUAAAGGAGAAGAAUGAGCAAGUCAGAAACUUCAUUGCCUCCCACAUCACCAACAUUCUGGAUUCCAAGGAGCCCUCUGUCCAGGGACUAAGGGAAAAAAUAAUAGCUCUCAAAAGCUUUGAAGUACCAGUUGUCGAGGGCUCAAGGAAAUUCUCUCGCAACUAUAAGAUUUCCUCAUCUAUGCCAUUACAAGAGGAACCUCUUGAAGCCAGUAUGCAAGGAAACAUGAUUUUUGAUCCAAGUGGCUACAUGCCCAGGGAAGUCAUGCUGGAGACUACACUUAAAGCCUUUGGAUACAACAUUGACAUGUUCGAGGUUGGCCUUGAGGGAAAUGGAUUUGAACCAACCAUUGAUGCCCUAUUUGGAGAGAAGGGGUUUUUCCCAGACAGUGCAAUGAAGGCAAUGUACUGGGCAGAAAACAAGAUGCCUGACAAAGUCAAUGAAGUUCUUAAGAACUGGGUUGCACCUCUGAAGAGCGAAAAAGUAAAGAGAGAGAUCCCAGUGGACAUUGUGAAGGAAGUGAGUCGCAACUUUAACAGGCUGAUGAAGGAUUUGAAAUCUCAGAAGUCCCCCGAGGCAAUGGCGUACUUGAGGAUCAUGGAAACUGAACUUGGAUACAUAAAAGCUAGUGACCUGAAAUACGUUGUACAGAUGGCUGAGACGCUUGCAACAUCCAUUUCAACAGUCCCUUCAAAGAUUGCCAAAUCUCUGCUAUCUGGCACAGACAAUGAGAUUUUUGCUCAUUACAUUUUCAUGGACAAUGAAUUCUCCCUCCCUACAUCUACUGGCUUUCCACUGAAAUUCUCAUUGUCUGGAGUUUUUGCUCCUGGUGCUAAGGGUGGUCUGAAAAUGACACCGGAAAUGAAAGAACUGAGCUUCAUGCCAUCGGUGGGAGUAGAGUUUGUGACACACAUGGGCGUUCAUAUCCCAGAGUUCAACACAGCCGGUGUGGAGAUGCACACCAAUAUCUACCAUGAAAGUGCAUUUAAUGCUAAACUGACCAUGAAAGGAAACCAAGUCAAAUUAUCCAUUCCAGCACCUCAGGGGCCCACCCAGCUCUUCAGUAUCAGCAACAAACUUCUGUCCGUGUCCUCCACUCAGACUGAGAUAGUGCCUCCUCUGGUGGAAAGCAGAACUGACUCUGUAACAUGCAGGCCCCUGCUCACUGGUCUGCAGUAUUGCACCACUGUUCGUUAUUCCAAUGCCAGCUCCACAGAUUCAGCUCCAUACUAUCCACUAACCGGAGAAACAAGGUUUGCUCUGGAGGUUCAGCCCACAGGAGAAGUCACAGAAUACUCUGCAACAGUUGGCUAUGAGGUCGCAAGAGAAGGACGUCAAAAAAUUGACACUGUUAAAAUAAUUCUUCAAGCAGAAGGAUCUCAAAGUUCAGAAGCCUCAGUUACUCUGAAGUACAACAGAAACAAGAUGACCAUGAGCAGUGACCUCCAAAUACCAGAUUAUGAUAUUGAAACCGGGAUUAAACUUGGGGUCAACACAGAAGCCAUGGUUAAGGGAAAGAAGACGUAUGUUCUCACUGUCGAUGUCACAAACAAGAAAGUCCCAGAGUUGUCACUAGUUGGCCAUGCAAGACUUGAGGGAAUGAAGGAUGGCCUACUUCAGGGCCAGCUGACGAUCCCUUCGCUCAAAAUUGAUGCUAUUACGACUGCCACCAUUAAGAGCAGCGGUGGACUGACCGUGCAGCUUGACUCAUCUGUCAAGAUCCCAGAGUCUUCCUCCGUGCAAAGAGCCACCUUCAGAUAUGAUGAUAACAAAGUGGAGAUUGAAUUGAAGUCAGAUGUGAACUCAGAGGUUACAAAGUUUCUCCCUGACCCUGAACAGUACCAGAAGUACCUGAAUAAGUAUGUUGAUGACAUCCUGGAACAAAAAGUGGCUAAGACUGACAUGAAGCUUCGUCACAUCGUUUCCAAGUCAAUUGAGGCAGGAAACAUCUGGUUGGAUAAAAUGGCAAAGGAUUUUCCCUACAUUGAAAAUCAUUGGAUCAAGAGAAAUAUUCCAGAAAACAUCCUUUUCUCCUUCCCAGAGAAACUCUACAUGAAAUCUGACAGCUUGUUCAGAUACCAGUUCAACAAAGAUAAGUUUACCAUCAAUGUUCCACUGCCAUUUGGAGGAAAAACUUCUGAGGAUUUGAAUUUUCCCAAAACUAUGUAUUCUCCUCCACUAGUUCUGCCAAAAUUGGGAAUCAAUAUUCCUACCAGGGAGUUCAACAUUCCUUCUUUCAGCAUUCCCCAAACAUAUGAGCUCAGUGUGCCCCUUCUUGGAGUUGCUGAACUAUCUACUAGGCUCCAGAGCAACCUCUAUAACUGGACAGCUUCCGUAAGUGGUGGAAAUCAGACAACAGACACUCAUAACUUCAUUGCAAAGUAUCAAGUCAUGGCUGAGUGCCCAGUUGAGCUCCUUUCUUACAAAAUAGAAGGCACUGGACUGAUCCAUGUGAAUUCUGAUGAAAUGUUUAGGUAUACAGUCAAAGGAUCCUUGCAGCACAAACUCCUUGAUGCAAGUUUCAGUUGGUCUGAAGCUGGUACUUUAAAUGAGAAUCUUAAUGCUAGAGCCAUAUACACCUUUGACGCCUCCAGCAUUUUGGGAAUUAAAUCAUCUUUGAUCUACUCAUCAGAACUUACUGGUACAUUUGACGAAUUUAAGACUGAUGCAAUUGUGAAUGGAUCAAUCAGACUGGGACCACUAUACAGCAAUGCAUGGUACACUGUAACAUAUGUUAUCAAUCCAAGGAACUAUGAAGCAAAUGGAGAAUCCUGGCUGAAGCUGGAUACGUCCUUCCUUCAGGCCCAGAACAGAAUAAAAGGAUCCUAUGCCAAUGAAGUGCUAUCUAUCACAUCCAACACAAAUGCACACAAUGAUGCUCUUAAACACAUCGGCGAACUAAGUUAUAAGGAUGGCAACCUCUUGCUAAAGUCAGACGCAGCUGCAAGGUAUCUCAGCAAAACACUGCGCAACACAAUGGAACUUGCCCUUUCCAGUCAGGCAGCAACAAUCAGAGCGGAAUCCCAAGCUGAAUAUUAUAGAAACAGAGUCUAUGCUCUUGUUUCUGGUUCUCUGAAUGGCCGGGGCCUUGAAAUCAAUACCGAUGGCAGCAUCAAUGUCGAGACAGGCCGUGGAUCUCACAAGGCAACCCUGAGCAUCACCCAGGAUGGCUUGUCUACAAGUGGCACAACAACACUUCAGUGCAUCCCAUUGACAUUUGAGAACAACUUCAAUGGUGGGAUUGGCCGAUCUGGUGCUUCCCUUACUCUUAGUGCAAAGGGAGACAUUUUGCAAGAAAGAGUGGAGCUCAAUGUGGAUAGCAAACUUGGAUUGUCUGAAGCAUACUUAAACACCAUAUACAAAAUCAAUAUUCUGAAUGUGAAUGCAGUGAACAGAAUGAACCUCAAAAUCAACAAUAAAGGCCUGGACUUUUCAAAUAAUAUGAUAGGAUCAUAUGAGAAAAUGAAGACAGAACAAAUGCACUCACUGAGAAUCACUCUAUGGACUCUUGCCUUCCGUUCCAAAACCGACAACUUUAUUUGUCCUGAAAAUUCCUACAAACAUGACAUUAAGUUUGAAAUGGAGCCUUUCAUUGUUUCCUUGGACCUGAGCAAUAAUCUUAAGUUGCUAGCUGCUGAUAUUAACAAUGUAGGUCAACUCAAAGUUAAACCUUACCAGAUGAAGCUAUCGGGAAGCAUCAGAGGUGUGAUGGGGAAUGAGGAACUCAGACACAACUAUGAAAUCAGUUAUGCAGAUUUGACGGGUAUUGCUAAAUACCACACCAUUGGCAAUAUUAAGGAAGCAAAGAUAACCCAUCAUGCUGACAUUGAAGUUGCUGGGCUUUCUGCUAAGUUUAGCAGUGAAGCCAGUUUAAAAUCAAAAUCCCUUCAAUUUGAAAGCUCAAUUCGCUCUCUAGCCAUGCCUUUUACUCUCUCUGUUGAUUCCCUUGUUAAUGCUAAUGGAGAACUUGACUUCUAUGGGAAACACAGUGGCCAGCUCUUCAGUAAAUUCCUAAUGAAAGCGGAGCCCCUAGCCUUUACAUAUUCACAUGAUUACAGAGGAUCAACCACUCAUCAGCUGGACAGCAAAACACCUGUUGAAACACUUCUUGAAAACAAGCUGGUUGGUCUACUGACCCCAUCUGGACAAUCUGGAAACUGGAAGCUCAAAACAAAGCUCAACGAGAAUGUAUACAACCAUGAUAUGCAAGCUUACAACAAUGCUGAGAUGAUUGGUGUUGAACUUUCAGGUCAGGUGCUCACAGACUAUUUUAGGAAACUAACUGACUCUUCUAGACUGUCUCGAGAUGUUUCUAACCAGGUAGAAGAGUUCAGUAUUUCAGGCUUUCUCAAAUAUGACAAAAACAAGGAUAUGCAUAUCAUUCAGCUACCUUUUGUAGAAAGCCUACCUGCAUUAAUUGAACAAAUAAAAGACACCCUAGUAGUUACGCUUGAGUCCUUGCAAAAUUUUCUUAGAAGUCUUGAUAUAAAUGACUUCAUUCGCAAACACAAGGCACGUUUAGAUAAAUUGCCACAACAAGUGAAUGACUACAUGAAGACAAUGGAUUUGGAAAACAAGGUGGCUGAAGCCAAAAGGAAGGUGGUUGCAUUCACAAAGGAGUAUACUGUUAGUCUGGAAGACCUGGAAGGAGCCCUUGACAGACUCAGAGAACUCAAUGAAAAAGCUCUAGUUGAACUGCAAAAGCAAUUUAACAGUAUCCUGAGUAAUCUGAAAAAUGCUUAUGAAAAGGCUAAUGUGGAAGAAUUCAUUGCAGAUGUGCUGAGGUAUAUUUUAAAUGAAUUGGAAGCAAUUGACAAGAAGUAUGAAAUCACCAAAACUGCUUUAAAGACAGUUAGAGGAAUGGAAGAAAUCAUUCAGAAGUAUGAUCUGAAGAAACUAAAGGAAAGUGGUGCAGCCUGGUUGCAGGACCUAGAUUCUAGAUAUGAAAUAAAAGCACAAAUCCAAAAGCAGUUAAAUGACCUUAAAAGCCAAAUUCAGAGCUUUGAUCUCCAGAAGUUUGGUGAUACCCUCACAGAUAAAAUGAAGUCUAUAAAUAUUCAAGAAUCCCUGAACAAACUAAAAGCUAAUAUCCCUACUGAAGAAAUUGCAAAAGUUUUAGAUGCCGUCAGAGACUUGAUCCUAAAUUGGAUAGAGGACUAUGAAAUAACAGAAAAGAUAAACAGUGCCUAUGCGACACUGAAAGAGUUACUUGUAAAGUAUGAAGUUGACAAGAAGGUGUAUGUUCUGAUGGAUCAAGCAGUGCUACUGACUAAGCGGUAUAAAAUUAAAGAAACUGUACAAUCAGCUGUAAAUACUCUUAAAAGCAUUGAUGUUACAGCCUACACAGAUAAAGCUCUACAAAAGCUGGAUGACACAAUUGGACAACUAAAAGAACUUGACUAUAAGGAAGUGAUUAACCAGCUGAAUCAGUACAUUGACUUUCUUCUACAAAAACUGAAGUCAUUUAACUACAAUGAAUUUGUUGAUGAUGCCAAUAAAAAAAUCAGUGAAAUGACAAAGUACAUAAAUGAUCAGAUUCAAGCAUUUGAGAUACCACAGAAAAUUGAGGCUUUGCAGCAAUAUAUAAGGGGAAUACAAGGUGCUGCUGUAUCUUAUUUAGAACAAUUAAGAGACACAAAAGUUGCAGAGGUUCUAAAGUGGAUUCAAGACUUGGUUGAUUCAACAGCCUUGUCUGAAUUUAAAAAACGGGUUCAGGACAACCUGAUGGACCUGAGACAAAGGAUCAGCACAAUGGACAUUAAAAAGGAAAUCCAACUGUAUUUGCAGAGGGCAAGUGAAUUCUACACUAACAUGGUCAAAUACAUCACAGAUCAAUGGAGCAAAGUUUACCAAGAGAUCAACAACCUAGCAGUACAAUAUGAUGCUAAAGAAAUUGUGGACACAUUAAAUGAAGCCCUGGAAAAUGGAUAUGUUUUUCCUGAAUAUAGGAUUGGUACAAUCAGAAUCCCAUCAUUUGAACUAAGUCUGCGAGCACUGAGGAAGGCAGAGUUUGAAACGCCUGAAUUUACAGUUCCUCUAACAAAUCUGGAAGUCCCAUCAGUAAAAAUCAACCUGAAAAAAUUGCAAGAAAUUCGCAUACCAACCCGAUUUACAACUCCAGAGAUUACCAUCCUCAACGAAUUCACCAUUCCAUCCAUAACCAUUGACUUCAACGAAAUCAAGCGAGGAAUUAUUUCAGUAGUAGACCGAAUUCGAAAUUUUGAAAUCCAGCUCCCAGAUCCUGACAUCUAUUUCAGGGAUUUGAAAAUUGCCUAUCUCUCUGAUCUACCUGAUCUAACAUUCCCAGAGAUAACACUUUCUGAAAUUAGAUUCCCUGAAUUUAGUAUUCCAAAGCUUAAUUUGGAAAACUUUGAAAUGUCUAUGCUUCAGAUUCCCGAAUAUAAAUUGCCACGCAUACCUCAUGAAGUCAGUGUCCCCACGUUUGGCAAGCUCUCUGGUGAGUUUAAAAUAAAAUCUCCCUUCUACAACCUGGUAACAACUGCUGAAUUUCAGAAUGCUACAAGCAACCAGAAAAAUCCUCAAUUCACAGCAUCUGUUAUCUCCCAGGCUACAUCUACAGUAGAAUAUCUUGCUUAUACUUUGGAUAUCACUGCACGUCUCUCAUCUCAAAGAAUGAGGACUCUACAAUUAAGUGAGACUGUUAAGUUAAACCACAAUGCUUUCUCGCUUAACCAUCAAGGUGAUUUAAUAUUCUCUGGCUCCUCGGUUCAGGGAACAAGUAAGACUACUGGAAAAGCCAGCACAGAAAUUUAUACUGCUGAACUCGUUAAUAACAUACGUGUCUCCUUAGAGAGUGGAGUUUCAGCAAGUAUGGACACUACAUACAAUCACAACAUGAAUAUCCCUGCAGCUGAUAUUUCAAGUCAGGCAACUGUGGCACAAAAUGUUAACACUCGUCUGGAAUCUGGAACUGUUUCAGUAACAGUCAGAAAUACAGGAAGUGCAAAGUGGUCCAUUCAAGAUUACGUUGAUGAUGGCACUCACAAAAGCGACCUUCAGUUCAGCAUCAAUGUCAACACUGCUAAACUAACCUUUACAGCUGAAACAAAUAGCAAAGCCUUGAAGAUGAAACAAAAUAUUGAAGCUGAAUCUGUCAUCUUCAGCCAUGCGACUCUAGACAUUCGAGCUGAAACAGAAACGCCCUUCAUCAAAAGCAGUGUUCUGCUUGUGAAUGGAAAAGCUCAUGUAUCAGACAUGAAAAUAGAACUGGUGGCUACCCAUGACAGUGAUCUCACUGGCAGAAUCAGUGGAACAAUAGCUAAUUCCAUAAAUUUUUUGGCCCAUCCAUUUGAAAUCGUCCUGAACUCCAAAAACAAAGGGAAUAUGAAGAUAAGUUUCCCACUGAAACUUAUUGGAAAGAUUGAGCUCUUCAAUGGCUAUGCACUGACUCUAAAUUCUGGAGUUCAGCAGGUGAGUUGGCAGGCUGGAGCCCGGUUCAACCAGUAUAAGUAUUCCCACAAUUUCACACUGGGAAACAACGAGAAUGACAUUGGGGUUUACGCAACAAUGAACGGUGAAGCCAAUCUGGACUUUUUAAAUGUCCCUAUUACAACCCCUGAAAUUCCUGUGCCAUACACCUCAAUUAAAAUUCCUUCAGUAAAGGAAAUGUCUUUGUGGGAAAAAAGUGGCCUUAAGGAACUCUUGCGGACAACUCGACAGUCAUUUGACUUGAAUUUUAAGGUUCAGUAUCAAAAAAAUCUAGACAUGCAUGCCUUUUCUAUUGACCUGGAGCCAAUAUACAAAACUAUAAAUGAUAAUAUCAAAUUACUUAAUCAGAACUUUGAAUAUGGAAGAGAUAAUGCAGUCAUCCUUCUCACAAACUCCUAUAACAAAGCCAAAGAGCAGUAUGAAAAAUUUAAAAUCGAUACUUCAAUCAACAAACUACCAAGAACAUUCAGGAUUCCUGGAUAUACUGUGCCAAUAUUGAAUAUAGAGGUCUCUCCAUUCACAGCAGAAUUGCCUGCAUUUAGUUUUGUUAUACCCAAAGAAGUCAGUACGCCUAGCUUUAGAGUACCAAUGGUUGGUUUCUCAGUUCCAACAUAUACUCUAGUGCUUCCCUCAUUGGAGUUGCCAGUUCUUCAUGUGCCAUCUACACUCCGCAAGCUCACUCUUCCUAAGUUCAAAUUGCCCAGCAUGCAAAAUAACAUCCUGAUUCCUGCUAUGGGCAACAUAACCUAUGAUUUUUCACUGAAAUCUACUGUGAUCACUCUCAAUGCAAAUGCCGGGCUAUACAAUCAAACUGACAUAGUAGCCCGGUUUGGUGCUUCUUCGACUUCAGUAUUCGAAGUUCUUAAAUUCAAGUUUGAUGGGACAACAAGCCUGACAAGAAAGAGAGGUUUGAAACUGGCCACUGCCUUAUCUUUAGAACAUGUGAACAUUGAGGGAUCUCAUGACAGCACUGUGAGUCUCACAAAGAAGAGCAUGGAUGCCUCUGUGACAACAAAUGCCAAAGUCAGUUUACCAGUUCUUAAUAUGGAAUUUAGUCAGGAGCUACUUGGAAACAGCAAGUCUAAACCCAAUGUAGCCUCAAAUAUCAAACUGAAGUAUAAUUUCAAUCUUCCCCUUAUUGAGACAACUGGAAAGGGAACUGUUGAACAAAACAUUGCUCUUGAAGGACUCACAUCAUACUUCUCUAUGGAAACAUCAACCAAAGGAAAGAUUGAUGGAUCUACAGUGAAAAAUCACAAGUUUUCUGGAACCAUCAGUAAUGAAGCAAAUGUCUAUCUCAAUGCCAAUGGACUUCGGUCAACGAUGAAAACUGAUGCAAAUUCAAAGGUAGAUGCCAAACGAAUCAGGGUGUGGAAUUUUGAACUAAAUGAGAACUCAGCUCUGGAAGCAUCUCCACGCCGUGUUUAUGCAAUGUUUAACUACACCAGCAACAAUGAGGCCGUCGCCAAGUUAUUCAACACUAAGGGCAGACAAACAGCCAAAGCGACACUGGACUUGGUUCCAUCAAUGUUGACAGCAGACCUUCAGAUUGAUGUGUCACAGCCAAGCAGUCUUUCUGAACAAGCAAGCAUCUUUGAAUCCCUAGCACUCAGUAUCAGCUCUGAGAAGCAGCAGUUUACCUGGAGUGGAAAAAGGCAGAUAUCCUCAAAUAUCCUUGGUAAUGAUCUGCUUUUGUCAAACGAUGAGCCUGAGGUGCGCUUAGAUGUAAGUGGAUCUUUGCAAGGACAUGUGUCUUUCCUGAAGCAGGUGAUACUACCAGUGUAUGAUAAGAGCUUAUGGGAUGUUCUGAAGUUUGAUGUAACAACAAAUGAAGAAAAUCUGCAGUUUCUGAACUCUUCCACCUCCAUUGUAUACACCAAGAACAAAGAUGGAUAUUUUUUCCCCUUGCCUGUACAAGCGCUAACUGAUGGUGUUACAAUCAACAUUCCAGAAAUAACAUUAGCAGUACCUGAAUGGGUUAAGAAUCUUCCACAAAAGAUUCAAGAAAUUGACAUUCCAAUUGAGAAUUUCAACAUUCCUGACAAAGUUUCCAUCCCUUCUGUUAUCAAUACACCAGCUUUUAACGUUCCCUUGACAACUCUGCGGGUACCAUCAUAUACCAUUGACUUCAAAAAGAUUGAAAUUCCCAAAAGGAUCCGCACACUACCGUUUGACCUGACACUGCCCCAUUUGCCAAACGUGAAGUUUCCGAAACUCAACAUUGGAACAGACUAUCUUAAUAAGGUGAAAUCCAAACUUCCUCACUUUUCAGUUAAAGUUCCUGAAUUUGAUAUCACUAUCUCAUCCUUCACUCUUCCAAAAACCUUCACAGUUGGCACAAAUACCAUCCACCUGGAUAGUAUUGUGAAUAAGAUUUCCAACUUUGAUCUGCCAACCAUCACAAUUCCGGAGCAAAAAAUUGAGAUUCCAGAACUGUCACUCAGUCUUCCUGCUGGAGUUUUCAUUCCAUAUUUUGGUGCCCUUUCUGCUACCGUUAAAGUUGCAUCACCAAUUUACAAUGUAUCAUGGACCACAAGCCUGGAAAACAAGUCCCCUUCCUUGGUGUCAUCAGUCCGUUCCUCUUGCAGUUCAACACUGGUGUUCCUGGAGUAUGACUUAGAAGGGAGUGCAACAGCAACUUACCAAGAUGGAGCUUUAAGCCUGAAUGGAAAAUCCAGCUUCUCACACAGUGACCUCAGCAUUGAUAUGAAACAUGAGUACACCCAGAAUCAAAGAAUGAAAAGAGAAGCUUCUCCAGAUGGAAGGGGAACCCAUCAUACGCUAAAUGUUGACAUCACCAGUCCAGCAUUUGCAGAUGUUAGCUUAAGAUACACAGGGCGUAAUGAUGAAAUCACUGCUUCCAUUUCUUCAACAUCUGCUGGUUUCCUUGGGCUACUUUUGGAAAAGAAAAGCCCGGAACUAUUGCAUGGAAGGCUGUAUAGCCGAUACCCAUCCUCUCCUGAAAAAGAUGUAAACAUUCUGGAUACUGAAGUGUCCCUGCGUAAUCAUGAAAUGCUUCACUUUCAAGCCACCUGGAAUGGGAAUAUUUUUUAUGAAAUGCUGACUGGACUGAGGGAAAAAGUGCCCAAAAUGAUGUCUGCUGUGUACAAGUGCAUUGACAAAUACCACCGUAAUCUCUUUGGAGUCGAAAUCAGUGUGUGUGCACAGAAUCUGAGGAAAGCAGUUUCAAAUGUCAUUGAAACAUCCUAUAGAGAGCUUCCCAAGACAUUUGAACAAAUUGGGGAUGAGACCAAGAAGUUAUAUAAAAGGGCAGCUGACAGCCUGGGUAGUGCAGAUCUCCAGAACUUGAGCAGCAAGUUCUAUGAUAGUACAAAAAACGUAUUGAGACAAUAUCAAAAGAAGGUAAAAGAACUGCUUGAUGCUGCCAUCAAAUUCUUAAAGGAGACUAAAUUCCAGUUGCCUGGAUUUGAAGAGCGAUUUACAGGCCAUGAGCUCUACCUUCAAGCCACUCAGUCUGUCAUCUAUAUGAUUGACCAGAUAAUUCAACAAGUAGAUGACUUCAUGGAAAGAUAUACAAGUGCUUUGGUAAACUACAUCAAAAGUAUUGAAUUCAAGGUGCCCGGUACUGACCAAACUGUAUCUGGAAAGGAAGUAUUGAAAAAAAUUAAAAUUGGUUUAAGAGCAAUCCAGAAUAAAGCAAUAGAAACUAUGAAGAGCCUUCAGAAGGUAAGCCUUGAGAAGAUACUUCAGGAAUUACGAGAUUUUCUCCAGACUUGCUCCCAGAAAGUUGAAGAAAUUAUCAGCACUUUGAAGUCCCAGAAUUUUGAAGAAAUCAGAACCAAGAUUGGGGAGAUUUACUCUGAUGCCAUGAAUUCACCCACUGCAGAGAAAAUCAAAGAUGACUUAACAUACAUUUUAAAGAGUGCAGUACAUAUAUAUAGAUUGUCAGAGGAUAUGCUCAAUAUAAUUGUGAAACACCUGGAGAAAGCCAGUCUUUAUGUGAAGUCCCUCCGAGAAGAGUAUCUGGAUGCUAACAUGGUUGGAUGGACUGUCCGGUACUAUGAAAUUGAAGAAAAGAUAAUUGACUUAAUCAAGAGGUUUUUUGUAUAUGUGAAAGAGGUGAAAGAAAUAAUUGACACAAAUGGAUCUGAGUAUUUUAACUAUGUUGAUGAUCUGGUUUUCAAUGUAGAAGGUAAAGGCCAGGAGAUGGUGUCAUACCUGGUAAAUAGAGCUCAAGAUCAAAUGCGUGAAUUGUCUACCAGUGCCAAAAGAGCUGCCAAUGAAUACAAAGAUCUUGCCAAAGUCCAAAUCCAGAAUGCUUUUGACAAAAUGUCUCUUGACAACCUGUCAUCUGAAAUUCAAAAAAUCAUAGAUUUUAUGAUUCAAAAGUAUUCUUCAAUUUACAAUGACAUUUUAAACCUUCUUCAGGAGCUUUCCAGGAACAUGCGACCUUACAUGCAAGUCAGUGAUUCGGAGCUUAAUGUCAAUGUACCUCUUCCAUUCCUCUGGGAAUCCUUUGACGAAUUACCAGAGCGCAGGGAUCAAUGAGCACAUUAAACACAACCAUCUAUAUGGGGAAAGCUGCUCAAUGAAAUUGAUGGUCUGAUUCAGAACAAGAAGGACAUUUGUUAAAAACUCAUAAAUCCUUGUAUUUAAAUGUGUUAUACAAACUGCAUCAUGUAAAAGCUGUUUUAUCUUCAUUCUUUUUUUGUAAAUUAAAUGUUGUAAUUUUUUAGGUUAUUUCAGGUUUGCUAAAAAGUUAAAAUAAAUAGCAAUUCUUUAUUAAA